AUGAAAGCAUUUUGCCGUCACGUAGAUGAAUUACACCCACUGGCACCAGGAUACACAGGCUACCUGCCUCUUAGGUUCUACCGGAUUGGAACGAGUUUUGGAAAUGACUCUGUGUGGUGCAUUAAUGCUUUUCGUGAUGUUAUUGGCCGAAAGAAUGAGCAAAAGGAUGAACUGAGGACCAUAGCAGCUACUGCUCCACAGCUACCUCCCAUUUGCUCCAAUGAAGAAAUAAUAGGAGUACUUGAUGAUUAUAAUUAUAAACAUCACCCUUACAUGCUAGGGCCUGUGGAAACAAAAAGAAGUCUACUUGAGCCACCCAUUCCAGGCUGGGCUGGAUUUGUGCCCAGGUCCAAGGUCACAGAGUUUGGUCAUGGAGUGCGCUACCAUGUGAUGGCAGAAAAUUGCUAUCAGGAUUUUAAGGACAUGUUAGAUAGAGUCCUGCCUGGUCCUGCUAGCAAGGAAUCCAAGGGAGAACCUCAUGUUUCCAAAAUCCGCAGAGACUCAUACCGAUUCCAGAGAUGCUACAGGCCUGAGGGGAUGUUGCCCAAGUACACGGGUCAUAUUCCACAUGAACGUUCCGGCAUUGGAAAAACCUUUGGUAAUGUGUGUCGAAGCUGCUCCGUAUGCAGCCAUGAGGACAAAAGCUAUGGAGCUUAUCUUGCUAGGAAACACAAGACUGAAACAAAGCAAGAACAGGUAAAAGAGGAAGGAUAA